AUGACCACCCCGAUAUCGACGACUGAAUACGUCGGCCCCCAGAAGCCUUUUGCUCUCUCGAAGAAGUCUCCUACACGUCCGAAAAGACUUCUGGCAUCGCUAUUCGAGUUUCUGGUCCACAUACCAAGCUAUUUCGGUCGGAUUGGCACGCGAUGCGUCCACCUUUGGGUGCCACUAUGGAGAAAGAGCUGGACUGCUGAAACUUGUAGCUGCAUAUUCGCUUUUCUGUCUCUUCUGGGUCUUAUUGCUACACUCUUAGCACAUCAAGAUAAGCCGCUACCGAAGUGGCCACAGCUUGUCUCCAUCAACUCAAUAGUCUCUCUUUUCUCGCUAUUAAUGCGAGCCGGCGUUGGUAUGGCGCUUGCUGAAGGAAUAAGUCAGUCGAAGUGGCAGUGGUUUCGCAAAGCACGGAGACUCAAUGACAUGGAGCGAUUCGAUAGCGCUAGUCGUGGUGCUUGGGGUUCUAUCAUGUUGCUGAUUAACCUUAGUCCAAGACGACCAUAUUGGAUUGCGGCGUUAGGCGCGUUCGUCACCGUAAUGGCCUCCUUGACUGGAUUUUCCUCGCAGCAACUGGUCCAAUUUAGUGACUGUCUACAACCGGACCGAGCUGCGGCAGUAGGAGUAGCGAAAACAAACUCUUAUCUUCGCUCUGGACGUCGGAAAGGGCCGAUUACUAAUGACGUGUUUGCCCCCAUGGCCGCUGGAAUCGAGAUCGGAAUCAUCCAACCAGUUGAAGAUCGCACAAGUGUGCUUUCUCAUGGCUGCACCACAGGAAACUGCACUUUCCCAUCAACUAACGGGGCAAGCUUCUCGUCCGUGGGAAUAAGUUACGCCUGUGAGGACGUUACGUCGCUGGUACGCGAGAUACCCACGAACGAAACCUGGAGCGAUAGAUCUACCAACACUUCAGGCCGAGCAUUUUGGGCGAACCUUACUUCACCUGUAGGUUAUAACUCUAGUGAGAUCGGACUGUUAAUUGGUGCCAGCCCUUGGCUUUUGGCGACUGGAAGUCAUGACGGUUCUGGUAUGCUCAGCAUAGUGCAGAUGAUAUUCAGGCGGAGUGCUAAGGACUUCAGCUACACGGCUAUCAAUUGCUCAAUAUUUCCCAGCUUAAACACAUAUGAAGUCGUCAUUAAAAACACAGUUAUGGAAGAGAAGUUACUAGAAAGCAUCCCAAUAGGAUACAACUUGGUCCCGGUGGUUACCGACAAAGCAAACAACGAGUGGGACAUCCCGUGGAAACGCGCCACUAGCUACACGCUAAGGAACGGCAUUCGAGAAGUGUGCAAUCGACAAGAUACUCCUGGGUCCAGUCUCGGUCAGGUGGCUUCGGCAAACGUUGACGAUUCACCGAUGAGUCCUGACCUUGCAGACGUCGAAAAGAAACUAUGGUACUAUCCUGAAGACUGUAUUUGGAGCUUUGGUCUUGCCGCCGCAUCAGGAACUGGAGAAUAUUUGAAAGGAAUAUUUAAUAAGCAGCAACUGUACUGGAACCAAGCUGGAGCCGGCAAUUCUGGAUCAAUUCAUCUGCGCAAAUUAUUCCUAGAAAGCAACAUGACGAUGGAUACCACGAAUGAGUUUAUGGGUAACCUAACCACUGCGAUGACAGCCGUAGUUCGAGCGUACGGCUUGAACGGGUCCGCUGAGCAUGUCAAUGGAACUAUGUGGUAUACGACAACGUGCAUGCAAAUUAGAUGGCCGUGGAUUGCCUUUCCUGCGAUUAUGAUAGGAUUGUCAGCCAUCUUUUUGGUGUUAGUACAGAUCGAGAGCCGAGGAGUUGAGAGUGAGAGGCUUUGGAAGAGUUCGAUACUUGCGACGCUGUUUUGUGAUGUGGAAAACCAGGAAAUGGAUGAAGCUAAACCGGUUGGGAGGCAUUCUAUGGAGGAUAUUGCAAAGUCGACAAGUGUGAGCCUAGAGAUGAAUAGCCAGACAUUAAAGCUUGUGGCUCGAUAG